UGUCUCCCUGUAAAAGGUUUAGACGUACGAAGACUCUGCAUCGGUAGCAGAAUAUACUGGCAGAGAGAUUGUAUUUUGUUACAUACGAAUUACGAAGCGGAACUCUGCUGUGCCUGCUUCUAAACAGUUGAUUUCCUCUUGAGGUUCGAGAAAAUGAAUAACCCAGCAUGGAUUCUCCUCGCCGGAUCCACAGCAACGCCUUCGUCAUCGUCAAGAGCCACCUUCAGGUGCGCCCACCAGCAUUCUUGCGUCAACAGGAGCAGCGGCGUAUUAGUGGGGAAGAUACGCCAUAGCAUCGCACGAAGAAGAGCUAAAGCCAUCUUGCCCUGUUUUUAUGGUCACCAUUUGGAGAAAGUUCUUUUUUGUACUCGUCUCACUUAGCAUGUUUGUUAACUAACAAUCCAAUGAGUUUGUUUUACUUCUACUUUUACUUGUACAUCCUCCUUCGAAGUUAGUAGAGACGUGGUGAUUAUAUUUUAACAUAUAAUGACUGGGUAGAUUAUUAUUAUUAUUAUUUAUUAUAAAUAUUAGCUCGCAAAAAUAUCAUCUUCGAUUUCAGAAACACAAUCAGCAGUAGGUGUCACAUUCUCUAUUCAUAGGAGCGGAAACGUCAUGCCUCGUCGUAGCUACGUGAGCAGUGCUAGGGAAACGUAUUUUACGCAGCGCAAGCAUCAAAAGCAGUGUCCGCGAUGUGGGAAAGCGAAUUUAUUGUGGUUACCACGGUGUAGCUUCUGCAAUCGCGAUAUCACUUGUGUUAUGCAAAAAAAAUCAAUCUCAUUCAUCCUUCACCUGUAUUUUUAUAAUAUAUGUACUAUAGGACAUAAUUCCUUUGGCGUAGAGGUGUGCUGCAAAUCUUGACUGGCUUCUUCCUUUUUAUAAGGAUGAGGCUUAUGUCCAGCGACGCUUAAAGCACAUACUUAACUAAAACAACCGGUCCGUUUUCCCUCUGUCAAUCUUAGGCUUCUCCCUUCGCGCAAUAUGUAUAGGACAUAAUCUCUAUCUCUGCUCAGAAGUAAAAUACCACUUCAAGCCGGGUAGACGACUACUGCGGCCGCUCUCGGUUCUCAGCUGGGCUACUAGUAUGAUGUGGUUGUAUUAGGAGGAUUCUUCAACUGAAGAGGAAAACGAGGAUCUCUGAUGUUGUACCUCUGCAGGUCCAGAUUUGAUCAAAUACAAGACACCUUUCAUAUUCCACAGUCUGAUUCGAGACGCUGGGCGCUGUGACUUAGUCGAGGCCGUGCUGACUGAAAGAUAUCGGGGCCGUCCUGUCUUAGAAAAAACAUGGGAUGUGAUUUUAUGAAAACUCCUUGUUCAACUAGAUGAUGAAGUUUCAGUACACGGCAGAAACGUACAUUCCAAGAACCAGCACAGAUCUAUCACCCCAUAGAGAAAGAAGUCGUUCACGAAAUGCAUACCUAUUUAUCGGCUCCGACGAUUACUAGUAGUCAAAUCUAUGUUCUAAUUGCAUUCUAAGGACUUCCGUAGAAUCACGCUUUCCAGCAGCUCGAGCGCAUUUGAUGAUAUUUCCGAAGACUCGAAUUGAGGACCUCUUGAAAUGCGAGCGCCGACACUUGCCGCUAUUGUUAUGGAUAUUUUUACUUACUUAGUUACAGAAAACAACAUAGACUACAUCUUAGAUCAUACAGCGCGUGUUUAUUCCCAAUGUGUGGCUUUCUGGGAAAGAUCGACAUGGUCAAGAGCUGAUGAUCGCAAUAUAUAAGGGACGGGCUGCUCGCAACAAUCACUUCUAGCCCUGCCACCGCAUCAUUCCACUCUCUGUACCUGAAGAAUCAAACAAAUAAUUCUAAUCUCUCGCCAGUUGUAUGAACGUGGCGUGCAUCAUCUUCGAGACGUUUACAAUAUCGAGAGACAGUUUUUGUGUGGAUUUUCCUACCCUAGCGAGUACCAGCAGCUCUGCCUCCAUGUUCUGGCCCCGCCAAUCCGCAACUUCCUACUCUUUCGGAAAAGCACAUUUAAGGAUUGCCUCUUCGUUUGUUUGAAUGAUGACUUAGUGUCAUUGCAAGUUCUUUGUGUCUACGUACUACUUAGCAUGAGCAUCAUGAUGGAUGUUGUGUGUCUAAGUACUUGUUGAAAAAAGAAGGCAUCAUGAUCAUCCAUUUCUAAGCCUGGGUAUUUCUAUCGCGAUGUCUGCGGAGAGCUGGCUCAGACUGGGGAGAUUCGGAGACACCCGGAGAGCCUAGAAAUAGAUCCGACAGUGGUGAAACUAGACAAGAUCGUUCGAGAAACACGCAGGUUGGACGGUAGUAGAAUAGUAGAACAAGAAAAGGACAGCGCUAGAAAGAUGGAGAAUCGAGCUGUUUCAGGCGAGGGUGGCGGGAAACAAGUGAACUACGUUGGAGCUUGAAUCAGUCAUCACAUUAACGGACAUCAAUGCAUUGCUACACGAAUCAAGAGCACCAAGAUUAGUACCUGAUUCAGGUUGUCCAGAUCAAGACGCCAUUCGAGUAGACAGCUCUCUCGGAUUUCAAAAAGUUUUAAAUUUAACGAUAAUUCAUCACGGAAAUAUAUUCAGGGGCUUACUUUCCGCUAGCGCGGCGGAUCCUUAUAGAUACCCG